AUGGAGUCGCUGCGCAAUGGAGACGGCCCGGAGGAAAAGCCGCGGCGGCGAGGCGGGUGUGCGGGUACGGCCGAGGCCGGAGCCCCGAGGCGGCGGAGCAGCGGCGCCGCGGGGGUUGACAGCGCGGCGGGGCCGCAGCCCCGCGAACGAGACGGCUCUGUCAGCCACCAGCGCCGGGACUCGGUCCGCAAGAACCGCCCGCCCUUCCCUUGGUUUGGCUUGGACAUCGGAGGCACCUUGGUCAAGCUCGUGUAUUUUGAACCAAAGGACAUCACAGCUGAGGAGGAGGAGGAGGAAGUGGAAAACCUGAAAAGCAUCCGCAAAUACCUGACCUCCAACGUGGCCUACGGCUCGACCGGCAUCCGGGAUGUGCACCUGGAGCUGAAGGAGCUGACCCUGUGUGGGCGCAAAGGCAAUCUGCACUUUAUUCGCUUUCCUACCCAUGACAUGCCUGCUUUUAUUCACAUGGGCAGCCAGAAGCACUUCUCCAGCCUCCACACCACCUUAUGUGCCACGGGAGGCGGAGCCUACAAAUUUGAGCAGGACUUUCGCACAAUAGGUGACCUUCAGCUGUGUAAGCUGGACGAGCUCGAUUGCCUUAUUAAAGGGGUUCUGUACAUCGAUUCAGUUGGGUUCAAUGGGCACUCAGAGUGCUACUAUUUUGAAAACCCAACGGAUGCUGAGCGAUGUCAGAAGCUCCCAUUCAACUUGGAGAACCCCUACCCUCUGCUUUUGGUCAACAUUGGCUCAGGGGUCAGCAUUUUGGCUGUGUAUUCAAAGGAGAACUACAAACGAGUAACAGGCACCAGCCUUGGGGGAGGAACCUUCUUUGGUCUCUGCUGCCUUCUUACUGGCUGCUCCACCUUUGAGGAAGCCCUUGAGAUGGCAUCUCAGGGAGACAGUACCAAAGUGGACAAACUGGUGCGGGACAUUUACGGGGGAGACUACGAGCGGUUCGGGUUGCCGGGCUGGGCUGUGGCCUCCAGCUUUGGAAACAUGAUGAGCAAGGAGAAGAGGGAAUCUGUCAGCAAAGAGGACCUUGCCAAGGCCACCUUGAUAACCAUCACCAACAACAUUGGCUCCAUAGCACGGAUGUGUGCACUCAAUGAGAACAUCAACCGCGUGGUGUUCGUGGGGAAUUUCCUUCGGAUCAACACCAUCUCCAUGAGGCUCCUGGCCUAUGCUCUGGACUACUGGUCCAAGGGACAGCUAAAAGCACUUUUCCUGGAACAUGAGGGUUAUUUUGGUGCAGUUGGUGCUCUCCUGGAACUCCUGGAUUCAGCCUGACCCUGGGCAGAGCUGCCCCUGUGAAGCUGUGGGGCUCUUCCAGUGUCACUAAAGCCACGUUUUGCUUCAAGUGUCUGUUCAGUGACUGCUCAGUGGAGUGUGACCCACCCUGAGAAGGCAAGGACUGCUCUUUGUGUCUGUGAAGCCACCUUCCAUGGCAGCACAAGUUUGGCCAGAGGACUUUGCACCUGGAUGUGCUGACUGGAGGUGGCAGCUGUGUCUGCAGCGUCUGUGAGGUGUUCAGUGGCUGACACCUGAGAGCCCUUUUUAUGUCCAGUGGUGGGGAGGUCACAGCAGCUGUGCACUCCAUCGAGGUUCCUCUGGGUGCUGAGUGUCUGCAGUGGUUUGUGUUUGCACAUGGAAGGAAAUUGUCUGUAAAGGAGAGGGAGCAGCAUGGCACUGGCACCUCUGUCCCCUCUGUGCUGGACACCACCAGGCUGUCAGGGAGCUCCUGUGCCCCUUCCUGCUGCUCCUCACCAAUGUGUGCCAGGGCAAUGUGUGAGGCACAAAGCCUGUGUGUCAGAUUGGUUCCCAGUUCAGCCUGUUACAGCCUGUACAGACCACAGCUCCCAUCAGGAGUCUGCCAGGCUCCCACCUCGAGAUCCCCAGAAGCAAAUGUGAGCAUCAAGCAGUGUGUUGGCUUUUUGUUUGCUUUUCCUUUUUCCUUUCUCUCUUGUAAAACUUGGCUGCACAUAACUAUACCAAAGAGCUCAUUUCUCCUAAUUCCACACUGGGGAUCUUCUUUGCCAUGCCCCAUUUUGCAUUCAUUUCCUGGCUGUAGCUCCAGGGGAAGCUUCUCCCUCCCCUGUGCUCCUGUCCAUGUGUUCCCUGCAUGCCACCCUGCAACCAGCUGCCAGGUGAGUGCUGCUGUUUGCAGCCCUUGGAGACCUUGUGGGCUUGGAGAUGGCUGAAAGGGCUCUGAAUAAACACUGCCUGCCCACAGUGGAGAUGCUGGCAGUGGGCAGCAGUUUGCAGAAGAGAAGCAGCACACCCAGGAUUUGUUGUCUCACGUUCCUUUGUGUCUCCUGCUCUUUGAUAAUGCAGAUUGGGCCUUCAGUUGUGAGGUGAAGGAGAUCUGUAGUGCAAAAAGAGUGCUCCCGUUCUGGAGGCCAUGCUGGUAGCACCAUCUAUAACUGCACUGCAGGCAGGGAAUGUGAAGAGCUGCUCUUCUGGAGAGCCACCUGCACCUUCCCUUGAUGGUGUAACCUAAGUGGAGAUGCUCAGCAUGUUCUCUGCACCACAGUGUUCUGGCUUUCCAGCUGAGCAGCUCACCUGUGGGUAGAAGCUGUCCUUCCACCAGUGGUGUGAAGUGGGCUUCCAUGAAA